GUUGCUUUGUUUUGAAUCCCCAGCAGACCGACCAAAGUGUUACUUUGUUUGUAUUUAAACUGAUGCUUUUACGUUUUCAAGGUGAUUGUGUCAGAUUGGUGAAAUAACUUACAUCUUGGUGCCCCUCUUUGUGAUUUUCGCAGAUUUAAUUUAACCAGUGCACGUUUAAACAUUAUACAUAUCUGUCCAUCUUUCUUUCGUCAACCAAGUUUUCUCUUUACUUAUCAGUGGAUGGCUACCGGAAACCAUAGAGAGCUGGCGAAUGCUAUUAAAAAUGUUCAUCAGACGCUUCGCUUGGAGGCCAAAAAAAUUGGUGAGGAGAAAGCAUGGCGUGAACACUGUCAAAAGUCUGAGGUCUUACAGAACUACUCUCAAGCAAUGCAGCAGCUAGCCACUGAACAUUGGGAAAAAAAUUCUUCCGAUACACAAAAUAAGAGGGCUGUCAGUCGAGUCCAGUGGAUUGUCAAGCAAUGUGAAGAUUAUUUCUUUUCUGAAAGAAAAUUUCAGGCAUUUCAAAAAGAAAUUGCAUUCUGUUCACGAUUUAACUUACAUGGUGAUAUUUUAGCAGAAUAUAAAAGCAAAGCUUCUGAAGUCCCUGAAGUAGUAAAUGUACUGGAUGUGGGCAGUUGUUACAAUCCCUUCAAAAUCUUCUCUAGAUUCAAUGUUGUUGCUGUAGAUAUUGCUCCUGCAUCUUUCGAUGUUUACAAAUGUGAUUUUUUAAAUUUAGAUGUGCUGGAGGAUAAAAGUAAACCCACUAAACUUGAUGGUGAGAUAACUUCCCUUGCUGCAGCAUCAUUUGAAGUCAUAAUUUUUUCAUUGCUGCUCGAAUAUUUGCCCUCCUCUAAACAGAGAUACAAGUGUUGCAGUAAAGCCUCAAAAUUAUUAGCUCCGGGCGGUAUUCUGUGUAUUGUAACUCCCGAUUCUAAACAUGCAACUGCAAAUUCUGGGAUAAUGAAAAAGUGGAGGUAUGCUUUAGCUUCUGAAGGUUUAUUACGCCUUGAAUAUGACAAAUUACCUCAUCUGCACUGUAUGGUGUUUCGCAAGUGCAUACAUCCUUGUCUUGCAAGGGAAUGGCUUUCUUCCGUAAUGUUGUCAGACACAAAGAAGGGGAAAUCUAUCUCUGGAUCUCCAGAACAACUCAUGGUCAUUCCUCAGGAUUUUCAUUCUUAUUCAGAAGAACAAGAUAACUUAAAGCAUGAAGUUAGAGAUGACGAUGAAUCAAUUGCAACCAUUUUUGCAGAUUUGCCUACUUUAUAAUGUUAGUUUUAAGAAUAGUAACAACCAUUGUGAUAUGAAUAUAAUAGGGUACAGUAUGA